CACCGCCCCGCGGCGCGACACUAAUUUAGUUGGAGCAGUAACGCCUGGGCUCGAGCUUGCGAGCACCACCACCAGCGCGGACGUCGUGGCGCGCAUGUGGGCGGCCUCUACAUCCCGCGUCCCACCUCCACCGCCUUCGUUGCCGUCGGCCUAGAUCCAGCACGCUCCCGAGCUUCCAUUCCCCCCGAGGCCGCCACCUUCCGGCCGACAAAGCGUCGGCUGCCGCGAGUUCCUGCUUGCGGUUGGGAGAGAGAGGCGCCGCGAUGGCUGCGGACCGCCGGCUCCUGCUGCUGCUCCUCUCGGCCGCCGCCCUUGCCGGGGUGGCCUCCGCCGCUGGCCCUUUCUUGUCCGACGGCGUGUUCCAGGUGACCGCCGGAUCCACGGGGAGGAGCUUGUUGCAGGCCAAGAAGGGGAACAGUUGCAUCUCUCCCCUGAGAGGAUCAAUGUGCAACUAUCACGACUACCACGCUGAAGAGAUGGAGGAUGAUUAUGAUUACGACAUGGAUGAUCCUGUUGAUGACAUGGUCGAUGAGCAUCAAGAGCGAGAGUUUAGGGACUCCGAUUCGGAUGAUGACGAUUAUGUCCGCUCGAAUGCUGAUAUCCCAGAUACUUCAUCAGCAGACGCAAGAAAAGGAAAAAACAUGCAAGGAAUUGUCUGGGAGAGGCUAGCUGUAACUCGUGAAAAAUACAGGCAGGCUAGAUUAGAACAGUACAAAAAUUAUGAGAAUGUGCCCAAUUCUGGUGAAGAAGCAAUGAAGGAUUGCAAACCAACAGAGAAAGGUGGCAUGUAUUAUGAGUUCAGGCAAAAUAUUAGAUCAGUAAAAUCAACUAUUCUACAUUUUCAGCUGAGAAAUUUGGUGUGGGCUACAUCUAAGCAUGACGUCUACUUUACGUCACAUUACUCAAUUCGUCACUGGUCAGCAUUGAGUGGUGCCAAUACUGAACUGAUGAAUGUCGAAGGACAUGUGGCAUCAAGGGAGAAACGCUCGGGGAGUUUAUCAGAGGGUUUUUCUCAGACUCAAGUUAGUACCUUGGCGGUCAAGGAUAAUUUGCUGGUAGCUGGUGGUUUCCAAGGAGAGCUAAUCUGCAAACACCUUGAUCGGGAAGGAAUUAGUUUUUGCUGCCGAACAACUUAUGAUGACAACGCUAUUACCAAUGCGGUUGAGAUAUUCAAUACCUCUAGCGGCGCCGUUCACUUCAUAGCAUCAAAUAACGACUCUGGUGUGCGAGACUAUGACAUGGAGAGAUUCCAACUCUGCAAAUAUUUUCAGUUCGAAUGGCCAGUGAAUCAUACUUCAUUGAGUCCUGACAGAAAGGUGGUUGUUAUUGUGGGGGAUGACCCUGAUGGUUUACUUAUCGAUGCCAGCUCCGGAAAGACUCUUCAUUGUAUAAAAGGUCAUCGGGACUACUCGUUUGCAUCGGCUUGGAGCCCAGAUGGGCGAACAUUUGCUACUGGUAACCAAGAUAAGACAUGCCGGAUCUGGGACACGAGGAACCUCUCAAAAGCCGUCCAUGUUCUGAGGGGUAACCUAGGAGCCAUCCGGUCGAUCCGCAUCACCUCGGAUGGGCAGUUCAUGUCGAUGGCGGAACCAGCCGACUUUGUGCACAUCUACGACGUGAAGAGCGACUACAACAGAAGGCAAGAGCUGGACUUCUUUGGCGAGAUAUCCGGCAUGUCCUUCAGCCCCGACACCGACAUGCUUUUCGUCGGGGUCUGGGACAGGGUGUACGGCAGCCUGCUUCAGUUCGGCCGCAAAAUGUAGUGCUUGUAUCUUAUCUUAGUAGAUACUAUUGUUGUGUCCCUCCGCAAAAUGUAGUGCUUGUAUCUUAGUAGAUACUAUUGUUGCCAUCUCAUCAAAAAAUGACUACAGGUUUCUCAAGCUA